GGGGCCGCCGCCAUCAUCAUAUAAUCGGCAUGAUUUAUUAAUGCGCCGGUUCUGGGCGUCUUCAUUUGUAAUCGUCUCAAACAUAAACUCAUGAGCCUUUGAGACAAGAGAAUAAGCCACAAACGUACAACGCCCAACAUGUUUGAAGGAUUCCAGCCAUUCGCCAUCAAGACGCAAUCUGACCCAGAUGUCACGAUCCAUGGAUUGAAGAGCGGCGAUUCCUCUUCAACUGCUCCGCCAUUGCUGUUGCUCCACGGCUUUCCUCAGACCCUGCACAUCUGGCAUCGAGUUGCUCCCCAGCUGCUCGACAAGUACACCGUCGUCCUCAUUGACCUGCGUGGCUACGGGGAGUCUUCCAAGCCAGAUGAGCUAUCAGCGUACGCAAAGAGCGCCAUGGCUCGCGACUGCGUGUCUGUUAUGGACGCGCUCGGCUUCAAGGAUUCCUUCUACGUCUGCGCCCAUGACCGCGGUGCAAGGGUGGCGCACAAACUGUGCGUCGACUAUCCCGACCGGAUCCGCAAAACCAUUCUUCUGGACAUUUGCCCCACGCUCGCCAUGUACACGAAGACGGACUUUGAGUUCGCCAAGGCCUAUUUCCACUGGUUCUUCCUGAUACAGGAUGAACCACUUCCCGAGAUGCUGAUUUCGGCACGCCCCCGAGAGACUGCCGAGAAGUUCAUGGGGGCGCGGCAGGCGGAUGGGUUGGAGAUAUUCGACCCGGCCUGCUUCGAAGCCUAUGUCAAGAACAUGGAGGACCCGGCUACAGUUCAUGCCAUGUGCCAGGACUACCGUGCUGGUGCGACAUUGGAUCUGGAGGAGGCGAAAGAGGACUUGAAGAAUGGACGGUUGGUGCGCUGCCCCUUGCUUAUUCUAUGGGGCAAGUACGGCGUCAUCGAAAAAUGCUUCGAUGCAGUUAAAGAAUGGCAAGCCGUCACAGAGCCAGGAGUCACCGUCGAGGGCAAAAGUGUGGAAUCAGGCCACUAUAUCCCAGAACAUGCUCCGCAGGAAGUAGUUUCGGCUAUCGUCAACUUUCUGAAGUGAACAGGAGAGGCAUUUUUAUUAUGGGCUGUACAUGAGAAGGAUGGUUCCAUAUCCGAGGGUAACAAAUGUAUCUAUUUGUAUUAAAUGCCCUGAAUAUAUGAG